AUGGUCCGCACUGUAGAGGGCCAAGGGCGGAAGUCUACUCCCAAUGCCCGCAUGCACGUGUACAUGCAUGUGCCCCUCCCCUCCCGAGCAGUCCUCGGCGUCCAGGACCACGUCCAGCGCGAGCUGAGUCUGCCCCCUGGUGGCAGGAGGUGGGUGCAUUUGGAUCUGAUGCCCAAGCCCCGGGAAGACCCCUGCUUCCGAAGGCCUGGGGGACUGUGGCCUGGGGGCACGUCCCGCGGGGAGCCCGCCACGCGGGAGCAGAUUGAGGUGGCCCCGGCUUUGACCGCCGUGGGCCAAAAACAUCGAGGCCAUGUCACAUGUCGGCUGCCUCAUCGUCUCCCCAGUGUCCCGCUCUGCAAUGGCCCCUCGCCUGCACUCUGCCGCCACCGAUGCAAGAUGCCAGCCGCACCCGACCUCCUGGGACAUGUCCCAGGGAUCCCUGCCUCACUGCACAUCCCAGCCCCUGCUGCGCCCGGUACCCGGAGGAGGAGUUUGGAGUUUGCCGGGAGCCCUGGUUUGGAGUCUGGUUUGCGCAAGGAGAUGGGGUUCUUCGCCCGAGUCCUGCAGCGCCCCGCGUGCACACCAGGGGGCGCCCUGCCCACACCCGGGGGAGCCGGCCGCCAGCCUGGGGUCACCGCGCGCCUUCCGGGCGCCCCGGAGCGCGCGGCCCGGGUCCCCAAGGGCUUGGGGCUCCGCCGACGGGGCGGGCCCGGGGGCGGCCGCUGUGACCCCGGGGCGUGUGCAGACACCGCCUCCGCGGCCACCGAUAGGGUGGGCGCCAGGCUGCGCGCGGCCCUCGCGGGGCUGCACGAGCUGCAGGGGCUCCGCGCCAGGCAGCAGGCGCGCGUGUGGGGCGCCCUGGCCGUGCAGCCCCCGCCCGGGCCCGCCGCCCCCCGCGGCCCCCGCGCCCACGAGCUGCGGCUGGAGGCGGCGCUGGCGGCGCUGCAGGAGCAGCUGAACCGUUUAAGACUUCAGGACGUCGGCCUGAAAACCCACUUGGACCAGCUGGACCAGCAGAUCAGUGAGCUGCAGCUGGACGUGCGCAGAACCUCCAGCGAGGCACCGGACAGCGACAGCAGGCCCAGCUCGGGCUUCUACGAGCUGAGCGACGGCGGGUCCUGUUCCCUGUCCACCUCCCGCACGUCCGUGUGCAGUGACUGCGUGUCCUCCUCUCUGGGCGCUGUGCUGCCUGCCACCCCGAAGCCCAGGCCCAGCGCGGGGGACUGCCGGCCCCGGUCAGCAGAUGAGACCACAGUGUGUGGGGUCCCCCUGACUGCGUGGGAGCCCCAGGCCAGUGAGGGGGGCACCGGCCAGCUGCUGCAAGGCGAGUUCCGGCCCCGUCCAGUGUCCACAGGUGACCUUGAAAGAGUCCUGCCGGCUGAAGUGGGGCUCCAGAAAGCCAGGGCACACGCCAAGGCCACUUCCUUCCUCUGCCAUGGCAUGGACCCCAAGUACCAGUGUGACCUGGUGUCCAAGGGGGGCAGGGAGGUGUACCCAUACCCCAGCCCCCUGCACGCCGUGGCUUUGCAGAGCCCCCUCUUUACUCUGACCAAGGAGACAGUGCUGAGCGAUGGCCACUCGCCCCCCAGUCAGCCCCUCCCUGGCGCCACAGGUCCGAGCUCCAUUCGGACUGGACUGGUCCUCGAAGCUGGCCCAGCCAGCGCCUACAUAGAGAGGCUGCUGCGACUGCAGGGCCGAGGGCCCCCUGCGAGGGGCAGUGUGGGUGAGCGCGGACCCCCAGGACAGGAGGCGUCCCUAUCCCCGCAGGGGCUCGGGGUCCGGGGGGCGGACAGUGAAGGUGGCUUGGAGAAGCCGGUGUGCGCCCGGGGGAGAGCAGAGGUGGGAGGGGAGGCCCAGAGCGGGGCUGCCCAUGGGGACAGCCUCGAGCAGCCGGGGCCUGUGCCCCUUGUACAUGCCCUGCACCCCAGCAGCCGUCCAGAGGAGGGCCCCAGACCCCCGCGCGGCUGCGUGCACUGGGAGGCCUGUCCAGGCUCCCCAUGGCUGGGCUGUGGCCAGGCCCCCACUCCCUGCUUGCGGGGUCAGCCGCCAGCUCUCCACGGCUGGACGGGCAGAGGCAGGUCGCCGGGCAGGGGGGCGGGGGCGGAGGGCCCCCCUCGGGCCCCCGGACACUGUGUCCGCCCACACUUUGCUGCCAGAGGAGCGUCCCCCGCGGGGCCCCCCAAGGCCAAGCCUGUGAAGAUCAAGAAGGGGGCCAGCGACAAGGUGCUGAGGCUUGGGGCACCGCAGCUUCAGUGGGGCGCCCUCGGGGGCCCCCGGCCGCCCCCUGAGUCGGGAGGUGGUCUCAGGAGGCCCACCCCGGCCAGGGCGGCGCCCGGCCGGUCCUGCUCUGAGUCCAGCCUCUACCCCGUGCCUGUCUUCAUCCCCCUGCUGGUGGCCCGACCAGAGGGUCACCAGGUGUCAGCUCAGGCCUUGUUCCCCUUAGAAGCAGCCCCGCUGGUGGCAACCGGGGGGGCGGCCCGGAGAAAGCAGCGCAGGUGGCGGUCCUCCGUAGAGAUCUCAGCCCGGGCCCGCCCGGACCCCAGCCUGGGGCCCCAUAGGCCGGUGGCCCGGAGAGGGGGCGGCCCGCGGCCCGUGUGCGCCAGACCCAGGCCCGGGCUGCCCCGCCAGGACGCCCGAGCCAGGAGCGGGUCGGACGGCUCGGAGCGCCCGGCUGAGCGCGCGCCCCUCUUCCGCUCCACCGUCGCGGAGGCCAGCGGGGACGAGGCCAGCCGCUUCGCGGACGGGGAGUCCGGUGGCAGCACCUCGGAGGGCGGCGGCCAGGGCGGGGGGAGCUCCAGCCGGCGGGCCCCGGCCAGCUCCAGGCCGCCCCUGCCGCCGCUGCCCAGGCUGUGCCGCGUCAAGGCCCCCAAGGCCCUGAAAAGGACCCGCAGGUCCCGGCCGGCCGCCCUGAGGGUCAUGGCCACGGUGUGA